AAAUUAUUGAAGCCAUUAAUGCUCGGGAGAAGAGUUCUUCAAGAACGUGUCAGAUUAGUAAGGUAUUUCAGCCAGAAGCCUAAUGAAGCUCAGAAAGCGGCAAGAAGAGUUGAUCGGGCCAAGCCAAGAAGCCAAACUCUGAAACAGAAUACCACUCCAAAGGAGAGAAGGACUUAUUUAUGGUAUUAUGGUUUAGCUGCAGUUUCCUUUAUUGGUGUGCUUAAGGCAAGCUCAAAGGUAACAGAGGCAUUGCUGUUAGUGUCAGAUGAAUUAAAAUAGCACAUCUCCUAAAAUCAAAGAAAUAUAUGACUGAAAGAAUGAGUCUUACAUUAUCGAAAUGGAGCAAUCAGAGAUAGUACAUAAGGAUGUUUUACUUCAAAAUAAAUUCCCCAUUAUAAAAGCUGGUGUAGACCAUGCCUUCGAAGAAAAUUGCAGAAUCAUCUCUUCCAUUCCGAACCCAGCCUUGCUCUGAAGCCCCUUCAUCGCCUUCUCAACAGUAGGCAUGGGCCUCCACUUGCUUGCCUUCAUCCGCGGCCGUGGCCCUCGCACAAGGUGGAUCCAGAUGGCCAUGUGGCUGCUGAUCUACGCAACCCUCAAUGUGACUGCAGUGUCUAUGAUCACCCUCAGGAGCUGGCUGUCCAAGGACAUCCAGAGUUUCGUGGAGUACAUCAGAGUCACUGCCAGGGUGUGCACUCCGGAGCAGAUCGACGAGACAACUGACGUCACAAAGCUGGAGCCCAUGCUCCUUGAUUACUCCAAACUUUCAAGGAUGGACAAGAUCAAGCUCAAAAUAGCAAAUAUUUUCUAA